AUGAAUUCAAAUAUUAGUAAUCUCCGACAAGCUGUCCUCCAUGCAUAUAGAAAUCUGUUGAAGACACAGAAACAAACAUUUCGAGGCGAUGAGCAGCUCAUACAAGUUGGCAGACUGAAGACAAGAGAAGAAUUUAUAAAACAUAAAGAUGAGACUGACAUUUCAAAAAUCGAAGAGUACAUUAAGAAUGCUGACGAUACUGCUGUCUUUCUCAAGAAGAAUGUUGUCCAAGCAGAAUUGAUUGACCCGAAUGGAACGUACAAACUACACCUGAACGAGCACCAUGAACUAGGAACGAACAAAUACCCUCGAACCGACCCAUCAACCAAAACAUGUUCAUAA